AAAGGCAGUUUUACGGCCUCUGCAACCACUUCUCUUUUGACAGGACCAAAGGCAGCAUAAAAAAGCAAGCAAAAACAUCUCGUGAGAGAAAUGAAAAAAGUGACAUUCAGAGAUCUAACCGACAUGGGUUGAGAGGAAAGCCGUAGCAGCUGAAGCUAUAAUAGAAGACUGUGAACUCCCAUUUUGAUUCUGCAAGUAAUUGGUACAAGGAGUGAGAGAUUGAAAGAUCUUUUAUCUAUCUACCAGUUCUCAAUUAUCUAUUUGUGGAUUUGAUCCAUUUUUUAUUACCUGAAUUUGGGGUGUUGAGUGGGGAUCACGUUUUGGCGUGAUCAGAGUUAGACUUGGUUGGAUCAUGGCGAGCAGCGUGGCACAGGCGGAUUCUAGACCAAUGUAUUCUUGGUGGUGGGAUAGCCACAUAAGCCCGAAAAAUUCCAAAUGGCUUCAGGAGAAUCUUACUGACAUGGAUGCCAAAGUCAAACAAAUGAUCAGGGUUAUUGAAGAAGAUGCUGAUUCCUUCGCAAAGAGGGCAGAAUUGUACUUUAAGAAGCGGCCUGAGCUUAUGAAAUUGGUUGAAGAGUUUUACAGGGCAUACCGUGCUUUGGCUGAAAGAUAUGAUCAUGCAACUGGGGCACUCCGCCAGGCUCAUCGGACAAUGGCAGAAGCAUUUCCCAACCAAAUCCCAUUUGCUUUGGGUGAUGAUGGAGAUCCCCGUACACCUGAGAUGGUUCAUGCACGUGAAUUGGUUGACCCUGAUGAGUUGCCGAAUGAUUCGCUGGGGCUCUCUUCAUCUCAUCUCCAUGCCUUAAAAAGAAAUGGAGCAUUUACUGAUGAACCUGAUUCUGUAACAGCCAGAAUGGAUUUGAAACAGUUCAACGAUUUGUUUGGUUCUGGAGAAGGACGAGCUAGAAAAGGCCUUGAUUUUCAUGAUUCAGAGGAGAAAGAGCCAGCUCAAAACAAUGGAAGUCAUGAUCUGAAUCUGUCUGAAUCUGACAGAGUGGGGAAAGCUGAGUCAGAAAUAUUAGCCCUUAAGAAUGCCCUGGCUAAAUUAGAAGCUGAAAAGGAAGCUGGCUUACUUAAGUAUCAACAGAGUCUGGAGAGAUUAUCUAAUUUGGAGUUAGAAGUCUCUCGUGCUCAAGAGGAUUCCAAGGGACUGAGUGAAAUAGCCAGCAGAGCUGAAGCUGAUGUUCAAACUUUCAAGGAAGCCCUUUCCAGAUUGCAUGCUGAAAAGGAAACUAAUUUUCUUCAAUACCAGCAGUGCCUGGAUAAAAUAUCUAACCUGGAGAAAAAUAUUUCUCAUGCUGCAACUGAUGCUGGAGAACUUAAUAAGCGUGUAUGUACAGCUGAAACUGAAGCUCAAUCCCUAAAACAAGAACUUGCUAGAGUAGAAGCUGAAAAAGAGGCUGCUAUUUUUAAACAUGAAGAAUGUUUGAAGAUUAUAUCUGAUCAGGAGAAUAAGCUACAGCGUGCUGAGGAAGAUGCCAGAAGGAUCAACGAUGUUGCUGAUCAAGCUGCAAGUGAACUUGAAAGCUUGAAACAAGCAUUUGUAAGACUAACUGAAGAGAAAGAAGCUUUGGCUCUUCAAUAUCAGCAGUGCCUAGAGACAAUUUCUGGCCUAGAGCGAAAGCUUGCAAAUGCAGAAGAUGAGGUCCAAAGGCUUGGCUCUGAGUUAGAUGAUGAGGUUGCAAAGCUAAAGGGUGCUGAAGAAAAGUAUCUUCUAUUAGAGAGAUCAAAUCAGACUCUGCACACUGAAUUGGAGUCCAUGGUACAAAAGAUGGGUAGUCACAGUCAAGAACUGACAGAGAAGCAAAAGGAGCUGGGAAGACUAUGGACUUGCAUCCACGAAGAGCGAUUGCGAUUUGAGGAGGCUGAAACUGCUUUCCAGACUCUGCAACAUUUGCACUCCCAAUCUCAGGAAGAACUGAGAACUCUGGCUGCAGAGCUCCAGAAUAGGUUUCAAAUUUUGAAGGACAUGGAAAGUCAUAAUCAAUGUCUACAAGAAGAAAUAGAGAGGGUCAAGGAGGAAAACAAAGGCCUGAAUGAGCUCAGCUUAUCUUCAGCCAUGUCAAUUAAAAAAUUGCAAGAUGAGAUCCUCAGUCUAAGGGAAACAAUAGGGAAACUUGAAGCAGAAGUUGAACUUAGAAUUGACCAAAGAAAUGCUCUCCAGCAAGAAAUUUAUUGUCUGAAAGAGGAGUUGAAUGAACUUAACAAGAAGCACCAGGCAAUGAUGGAACAGGUGGAAUCAGUCUCCUUAAAUCCAGAGAACUUUGGGUUGUGUGUGAAGGAAUUGCAGGAUGAGAACUUAAAGCUAAAAGAGGUCUAUGAGAGUGACAGAAGUGAAAAGGUUGUUCUUUUGGAGAAGCUGGAAAUUAUGGAGAAACUUCUCAAGAAAAAUACUAUUCUAGAGAACUCCCUUUCAGAUUUGAAUGCUGAGUUAGAAGGUGUCAGAGAGAAGGUGAAGGCUUUAGAGGAAGUCUGUCAAAGUCUGUUGGGAGAAAAAUCUACUCUUGUUGCUGAGAAGGACUCACUGAUUUCUCAGUUACAGAUUACAACCAAAAAUUUAGAGAAACUUUCAGAGAAGAACACUUUUCUGGAGAAUUCCCUUUUAGAUGCUAAUGCUGAACUGAAAGUAUUAAUGGUAAAAUCAAAGAGCUUAGAAGAUUCAUGCCUGUUGCUUGAUAAUGAGAAGUCCGGUUUACUCAAUGAAAGAGAAAACUUAGUUUCUCAGUUGGACAUUUCUCAGAGAGGGCUAGAAGAUUUGGCGAAAAGAUAUGGAGAAUUAGACAAGAGAUAUUUGGGUCUGGAGAAAGAAAGAGAGUACACACUUCAAAAAGUAGAAGAGCUGCAGGCUUCCUUGGAUGUUGACGAGCAAGAACACACUAACAUUGUCCGUUUGUAUGAAAGCCGAGUGGCCAGUAUGGAAUUGCAGAUCAAUUUUCUACAAGAAGAAGAUCAACUCAGGAAGAAAGCAUUUGAAGAGGAACUAGACAAAGCUGCUGUGGAUGCUCAGAUUGAGACUUUUGUCUUGCAGAAAUGUCUGCAAGAUCUGGAAGAAAAGAAUUUCACCCUCCUGUUUGAGUGUCAAAAGCUCUUAGAAGCAUCCAAAUUGUCAGAGAAACUCAUCUAUACUCUGGAACAUGAAAACCUUGAACAGCAGGAGGAGAUUAAAUGCUUGGUUGAUCAAAUUAAAGCAAUGAGGUUGGGGCUUUAUCAGGUAUUAACUAAUCUUGAGAUUGACGUAGACUAUGGGUGUGGAGCUAAGUUUGAGCAAGACCAGAUACUUCUGAACCAUAUACAUGCCAAACUUGAAAAAAUGCAGCUAUCUCUUUCUGAGGCCUUUGAUGAGAAUCAACAGUUGGUCAUUGAGAAAGCAUUACUUAUUGCAUUUAUUGGGCAACUGAAACUGGAGGCACAAAAUCUUGCAAAUGAGAAAAACACCCUUGCUGUAGAGUUUAGGAUCCGGUCUGAUAAGUUGAAUCUUGAAAUUUCUAAUGCCAAGUAUCUGCUGUUGCAAAAGGAAGACGAGCUUAUGGAGGCAGGAAAGAUGCUGAACACAGUACGAGAUGAGAAAACAAAGUUGCAUAAGAUAAUGGAGGAUAUGAAGUACAAGUAUGAUGAAGCUAAGAUGAUACGAGAAGAGCAAGAGAAGCAUUUUCUGAAACUAUCUGAAGACUAUGAUCAUCAUAUUAAGGAGACAAGUUGUAUUCAGGGAGCAAAUCUGAACUUGGAGACUGAACUUGGGAAGUUGCGUGAGGAACUUGAAGAAAUCAAACAUAGGGAGGAAAGUUUGAAUCGUGAACUUGAAAAGGCAAGAAAUGAGGGUCAACUGUGGGAGGCUCAAGCUGCUACAUUCUUUAGUGAACUGCAAAUCUGCAGGGCCUUUGAAGCAGUGCUUGAAGAAAAGAGUCAUGACCUUAACAAAGCAUGUGAGAAUCUUGAAGACAUAAGAAAUUCAAAAGAUAUUCAGAUUGACACAUUGAAAGAAAGAGUUAGCACUUUAGAAGGUGAAAUUGGAGGACUAAAAGCUCAGUUUGCUGCAUCUAUACCAGUAGUCAUUUCUUUGGGGCAAUAUAUAAGGUCUCUUGAGAAUCAUACUCUUGGACAUAAAGCUGACAAUGAAGAAGCAAAGGAUGAUGAUUUGGGGAAUCACCUAAAAGCUAAAAGCUGUCAACAAACAAGUGAGAAUCAAAUUGCUACAGUGCCAGAUGGUAUUGCAGAACUGCAGGAUUUGCAGAUGAGAAUUAAAGCUAUCGAAAAGGCUGUUAUAGAGAAGGAAAGACUCACUACGCUAGAUAACUUAAAUGCCAAAUUCAAACUAGAAGCUGCAAUGAAACAGAUUGAGGAGUUAAAAUCUGGAAGCAAUUCUCAUCAAGCAGGUGGUCGAACAUGCAAGCAUCGGAAACAUCGACAGUUGGAGCAAGGGGAUGGACUUAUUAACAAUCUCAAACAGCAGAAACCAACACCUGAAAUCUCUGAAGAGGGGAGUGAAAUGAUGACGAAAGACAUUAUGCUUGAUCAAGUAUCUGAGUGUUCAUCCUAUGGGAAAAGCAGAAGAGAGCACAUUGAUUCUGAUGAUCAGAUGCUUGAGUUAUGGGGAACUACCGACCAAGGUAGCAGCAUCAAUCUGAAAGUCGGAAAGACUCAAAAGGCUGCCACAGCAUUAGCUGACCGCCAGAUCAAAUCAGUGAAGCAACAACAGAGUAAAAAUCCCACUAUUGAAUUUUUGGUUGAGAAGGAGUUGGGGGUGGACAAAUUACAGAUCUCUAAGAGAUUUUCGGACUCUCGAAAAGAAGGUGGAAAGAGGAAAAUUCUUGAAAGACUUGAUUCUGAUGCACAGAAGUUGACAAACCUUCAAAUCACUGUGAAAGAUUUGAAGAGGAAGUUAGAGAUUUCAGAGAAGGGCAUGAAGGAAAAGGGAAUUGAGUAUGAUACUGUUAAGGAGGAGCUGGAUGAAGCUGAAGAAGCUAUCCUGAAGCUGUUUGAGGCCAAUCGCAAAUUGAUCACCAAUGCUGAAGAUGCUUCCAAGUCUUUUGAUGGAAAAUCUGCAAUGGAAUCAGUUGAAAAUGGGAGUGUCAGGAGGCGCAGAAUUUCAGAGCAGGCGAGAAGAGGAUCGGAAAAACUCUGGCAGUUGCAGUUGGAGGUGCAGAAAAUCCAGUUCAUGUUGUUGAAACUUGAUGAUGAGAAAGAGAGCAGAGGAAGGACCAGAAUCACAGAAAGGAAAUCAAGAGUUCUUCUCCGGGACUAUCUUUAUGGCAGUGCAACAAGAAAAAUCCAGAAGAAGAAGAGGGCUAAUUUCUGUGCUUGUGUGCACCCUCCCACAAAGGGGGAUUGAGUUAAUCACUUUUCAUAGGCACAUAAUCAGCUAGAUUUUUCCUUUUUAGUGGUGCUUAGAACUCCAUGUUUUUAUAUCUUUUAGAACUCAAGUUUUUAUCUACUUAGGGAGGAUCUUGUCUUCUUCUUUAGUUUUAGAGAUCCUGCUGUAAAUGCUAGGCAUCAUAUAACUAAAAGAAGCUGUGUUUAUUGAGCUUCUUUUUCAAUCCCCUCUCUUUCAUGUGUUUUUUAAUCAAUAAUAUGGGUCUCACUGGGAAACAAUAUUCUCAAAGGUUAUGGUUA